GUGCCGGCCGGUGAUUCUCUGGAAGACGAUGGCUGUACCAGGACCUCCUCUGCUUUUGCUGCUGUCUCUGUUGCUGCCGCUGCUGUUGAGCAAGGCAUCUCUGCCCGCAGCUGCAUACACACUUACCCCCGGACGACAGCCGCAGCAUAAAGUCCUUCACCUGGACUGGCCUAAGGAUUGUGGUAUGGCUCACUUCAAGCCCAACAUGGCUGAGAGGAUUGUGUCUGGGAAUGAAGCCAGGCCUCACUCUUGGCCCUGGCAGGUCUCUUUGCAGGUUCGACCAAGAGGAAGUAAACAAUUCAUUCAUGUCUGUGGAGGAACUCUAAUCCACAAGAACUGGGUCCUUACUGCAGCUCACUGCUUCCAGAAGGGUAAAGCUGAGGAUGCUGGGAGCUGGAGGAUUGUCCUGGGGAAGCACCAGCUGAAGCGUUCAGAAACGGCAGAGAGGAUUAUCCCGGUCAAGAGGAUCUACCGGCACGAGAACUUCCGCUAUCCCGCUCACAGCGAGCUGGACUAUGACAUUGCCCUGGUUAAGUCUGCAACAGACAUCCUGCCUUCAAACUUCAUCCGCUACGCCUGCCUGCCGCGCAAGCAGACCAGCCUCAAACCGGGACACUACUGCUGGGUGACCGGCUGGGGAGACACCCGGGGUGGGAAGGAGAACGUGUCUCUAGCAGAAGCCCUCAAUCAAGCCCGUCUGCCCAUCAUUGAUUUCAAGACCUGCAAGCAAAAGAAAUUCUGGGGAGAUCGCGUCCGAGACUCCAUGAUCUGCGCCGGGUUCAGAGACACCGAGGAUCCACCUGCUGCAUGCCAGGGUGACUCUGGCGGUCCUCUGCUGUGCCAGCUGGGCCGGGACCGCUGGGAGGUGCACGGCGUGGUGAGCUUCGGCCCAAUCGGCUGCACCGUGGAGAACAAACCCAGUGUCUUCACCCGCACCGCCGCCUACAUCCCCUGGAUCGAGGCAACGCGCAUCAGGGACUUCUUCCUUCUCUGAGCACUCACAGCAAACAUAAGCUCUGCUCUGUUAAAUGUCAGAUGUCUACAGACAGUCACAGCCACAGUUCUUUCCACUCCAUGAUGUAAAUACAUGUUCUGAAUGUGCAACCGUUGUCAUCUUCUUUACAGUAGAUACUUAUACUCUGGUGGAGCACUGCAUAAUACACACUGCUCACUACCUUUGACAUCCAGGCUCAUUUAUGCAAU